CAUGCCAGACGCCGUAGAACAUUGCAGAAAUAUAAGUUGAAAUAUAAGCAGAACGGCGACAUCUGCCGGCAGAAGCGCGCAAUUACACACGGAGCCCUGCAGGUGGGUGCAGGACAGGCGGUAGGUAGGUGGGUGGGCUCUCUGUCAGCUGCAGGUGACCCCUUUAACACAUUCAAAGGUGUGCCAGAGUCAGAGUCAUUUCCAUUUCUGGAGCAGGCCGGGCCCCACGUGGCUCCGAGAUGACAGCAAAAAUAAUUUAUUUUACGGUGAACGGGAAGCUGGAGCGAGCGGAGUUUGGAGCCCACUGCUCUGCUGCAGAUGUCAAAGAUCUGUUCCAUGCGGCGGCGGAGGCGGGUCCGCGCCACAUCCUGAAGAUGUACGACAUGAGCGGCAGCGUGCUGAACAUCUCCCCUCAGCUGGAGGCCAACAGCGAGGACUCGCACUACAGGCUGGAGGUGGUGGCGUCAGACCUGCAGAGUGUAGCAGUGCUGCCGGAGCUGGACGGCAUGGAGCACAGGCUGCAUCGCCUGGAGAGCAAGGUCACUGAAGAUGUGGCAAAGACCCCGGAGAUCAUCUGUAAGCUGAAGAGCCAAGUGGAGACUUUUAAGAGGAAGCUGGAGAGUGUGGCGCACCUGAGCUGGAUGGGUCUGUUUAAAGACGACCAGCAUAUCUCCACGUUCUCCUCGAACACGCCUCGGCUCAGCGUGCAGGAGGAACGCCAGCAAGUCCACAACAAGUUCCUCAACUUGAGCUCUCUGCAGGUGACAGAGGAAGUGCGAGAACAUCUAAAAACUCCCAUCUUUGACAACUGGCAGUGGGAGGAGGCAGAGAUGCUGGUUCUGCUCCAGGUCAUGUACACUGACCUGGACUUCCUGACGGCGUUCCACAUCCAGCUGGACAACCUGCAGAACUUCCUGUUUGAGGUGUACUGUCACUACAACACCAUCCCCUUCCACAACUUCCAGCACUGCUUCUGCGUCACCCAGAUGAUGUAUGGACUGAUGUGGCUCACAGACCUCAGGAGCAAGUUAGAGUCAAUCGACCUGCUGAUCAUGCUGACCUCGGCUCUGUGCCAUGACCUCGACCACCCCGGCUACAACAACGUCUACCAGAUUAAUGCACAGACCGACUUGGCUCUUCGUUACAAUGACAUGUCACCCCUGGAGAACCACCACUGUGCCGUUGCCUUUGGCAUCCUGUCCAAGCCAGAGUGCAACAUCUUUAAAAACCUGACCAGCGAGCAGUACAAACACGUCCGGGGAGGAAUGAUCAAAUGUAUUCUGGCCACUGACAUGGCGAGACACAACGAAAUCCUCAACAAGUUCAAAGUGAUGCAGCCGCUGUUUGACUUCAGCAACACGGACCACAAGGAAGUGCUGAUGAAGAUCAUGGUGAAGGUGAGUGACAUCUCCAAUGAGGCGAGGCCGAUGGCGGUGGCCGAGCCCUGGCUGGACUGUCUGCUGCAGGAGUUCUUCAACCAGAGCGACACAGAGAAGCUCAAAGGGCUUCCGGUGACUCCGUUCAUGGACAGAGACAAAGUGUCCAAACCGUCCUCUCAGACCAGCUUCAUCCGAUUCGUUCUCCUGCCGCUCUUCACCGAGCUCACCAAGCUCUUCCCCUGCCUGGAGGAACAUAUUCUGGAGCCGGUGCAAAGAGCGCUGCAGUAUUACUCUGAGAUGGAGAGAGCCACCAAAGAGGAGCAGGAGGAGGGAGGGACCAACAAACCAUGAAGAGGAGCAGGUGGAAGCGCCCCCUCUACAGACUGAAGUUAGAACUACAACUAAGGAAGAUUUUAACAUCUGCAACAAACAAACAAAAAAAAUCUUUAUUAGAAGUGUAUUGUGUA